AAUACAUGGGCAUUUUGGUCGAGUCCACUCCAUACCCUGCCUUCAUGCAGAUUGCCCUUGCACUGUCAAGACAUGGGGUGCAUUAAGGACACAUUUGUCAAGGCAUCAUUCACAGUCAUCCCAGCCAGGCAACAUCCGUUCAUUCACGUGCAUUGUCUGUAAUUCAUGCACUUUUGACAGUGAGAGGCAGUUUUAUGAACAUCUUGGUGGCCAUCUAAAAAUGUUUGAAACUGUGCCAUGUGUUUUUGAGGAUUGUGAUUAUAAGGUUAACAAAUACACAACAUUCCACAGCCACAAGAGUAGAAAACACAACCCACACUUGGAAGAUUUCAAGACUAAUGUUCUUCAUCAAUACCAAAAGAACCCGGACGAAGAAUGUGACAUUGUUGAAGAUGACAAUGAAUGUGGCUCAGUCCUUGAGGAGGAUGAGGACUUAAACAAAAUUAUUACUAAGAAAGUGGGGGUACUCCUCCUGAAAAUAGAGAGCAUUUUCAAUGUCUCCAAUUCAUGCAUUGACGAAUUAAUAGAGGAACUUCAUUUCCUUACAGCAUCUGGUCCCGUCAUUAAAGAAAUAAUUCUGAGCACUUUGAGAAAACAUGGCUGUACAUUGGAAGACUCAGUGAUUUCAGAACGGGUCAAAGACCUUUGCCGGCUAAGCUCUGUCUGUGCUGCUUUAGGAGUGGAAGGGCCUUUAAGCAGUCAGUUCAGGAGAGAACAAUUUAGAAAGGAGCAUCUCUCAUUGACUGAACCUGUUGAGUACAUACUUGAUAGUACAGAUAAUAAAACAUUUCAGUAUAUACCAAUCCUCCCAUUAUUAUCUCAACUUGUGGACAACAGAGACAUUCAAAACACAAUAUUACAAAACAAAAGGCCAUCUGAUGUCUCUUUGGAAUACAAAUCAUUUAAUGAUGGAUCUUUACUAAGAGAAAACAGCUUUGAAGUCCUUUGAAGAUAAUGGUAUUUUUGUUUCAAGUCUGGGCAAAGUGGUCAAGGGCACUGUACUUGCUGUAGUCGCUGACAAUCUUGGCGCUCACUCAAUAGGCGGGUUUGUUGAAAGCUUUUCAGCUUCACAUUUCUGUCGCUUUUGCAUUGGCGAAAGGUCACAGAUCCAGGAGCAUGAAGUAGGAGAAGGACUGUUUCCUCUACGGACUAAGUCCAACUAUGCCAUCCAUGUCAAAGCAGCACUGUCUGAUCCUGCAGAAGCUCACCACUGUGGAGUUAAAAGACAGUGUCCAAUCUCAGACAGACUCAGUCACUUUCAUGCUACAUCAGGUUAUCCCCCAGAUGCUUUGCAUGAUUUGCUUGAAGGGAUUGUACCUGUUGAAAUUUCACUCUGUCUUGAUGUGUUAAUCAGGAAGAAAUACAUAUCUCUUGAGCAGCUCAACCGUUCCAUCUGUUGCUUUCCUUACAAAUGGAGUGACAAAACAAACUGUCCACAACCCAUUGCCCCAAAUUUCACAGCACGAAAAAGUGUAGGAGGUAAUGCACAUGAAAACUGGUGUUUGUUGAGAAUGAUACCACUCAUGAUUGGUGACAAAGUACCAGAAGAUGAGCCUGCUUGGGAGGUUUUGAUGACCCUGAAAGAUGUUGUUGAGCUUGUCAUGGCUCCUCUCCACACAGAUCACACAAUAGGAUACAUGCAAAGUAAGAUCUCAGAACACCGUUACAGAUAUUUAGAAGUGUUCCCAGAGGAGAAACUGAGACCAAAACAUCACUUUCUCGAGCACUAUCCUUUGCUUACAACUGUUUACGGGCCACUUGUACAUUUCUGGACUAUGUGAUUUGAAGCCAAACAUCGAUUCUUUAAAAGGAUUGUGAGGCAGACUGGGUGUUUUAGAAACAUCCUCAUGACAAUGGCGAGAAAACACCAAUCGAUGAUUGCGUAUCAUACCCACGAUUACAACCACCAAAGGCCAGCACUGUCAGUGUCCCAGAAGACUCCAGUGGCAGUCGAUGUUCUAAAAGACAGCAUUAAGGAGUCCCUUGCAAGGAAGUUCCCCAGGGAAGACUUUGUGAACAUGACAAAUAAAGCAACCAUUUUAGGCACAGACUAUAAUAUUGGCAUGAUGCUGCCGUUUGGCUCAACAGGAGGCCUACCUGACUUUGCAGAAAUCCAUCAAAUAAUCAUUGUGCACAGAACUCCUGUGUUUGUUCUGAAGUUGCUUAGAGGCUGUGAACACCUGAGGAGUUUCAAAGUAGAGCCCACAGGAGAGACAGAAAUCCUUAAACAUUCUGAACUGAAAGAAACAUGGCUGCAUACAAUACAGCAGAUGGCCGUAUGGUGUCCCUUAAACACUUCAUUUGCACAUCAGAGUAAGUGUAAUGGGUUGAUUAUUUCUGUUAUAUCAAAUGUUUGUGCACUUAUUGAAAUUAUUGAAAAAAUAUAUUAUUUUACCAACAACUAUAUGGGCGGGCGUCCUGUCUUAUUUGUUUAUUGUAAUGUUUAUUUAACAGGAACAAUACAUAUAACAUUGAAAAAGAAAAUGGAAACAUGUGAUGCAUACUUAACCCUCCUCUAUUCUAUUGCCCUUAUCUCCCUCUUCUUAAAAUGACAAUCAAAAAUUAUUUAUUCAAAAUUCUACUGAACUAAAUCUCUGCUUUUAUUUCUCUGGCAGAAGAUAAUGAAGAAAAUAUAUGCAUGUAAGCUUAUCAACUAUUAAUAACCUGUCUCAAUUUCUUUUCUUUCUCUGUCUCCACAGCUGAAGAAACACAAACCAAACAACAAUGGCAGUCCAGUUAAGAGUCAUUUUAGAAGAACACAGCAUUCAAAAGUUGACACUUCCAACAGGAAUUCCUAAUACAGUGGAUGGGGAUACAUGGGGAAUUUGGACUGCUAUACCAAGACAAAGACUUUGACAAUCAGUUUUUCAGUGUCAUCUCGACUGCUGACUUGUAUGACAAGGCCACUGUUAAAGUGAUCCUUAAAGAGCCAGUAAUCACCCUUGACUUACAACCAGUAUGUGAAUCAGGAUCAUCGUCUGCAUUGAACUCUUCGACUUCAGUGAGCACCCA